UCAUCAGUUGAGCGACAGGACGGAGAUCUCGAUGGUCGUCUUCUCUGAUCCAGCACUGACAGCGGAGGGUUCAGACGAUUCAUGAGCGGCCCGACAUGCCUCCUCACAUGGAAUACUUCUCCCACGAGUCCCGCGUCCCAUCCGCCUACGGACUGACCCGGGACGAGGAGCUUGAGCCCGGGGUCAUCAGCUGCAUGCUGGUCGGGGACGGAGCCGUCGGGAAGACGAGUAUGAUCGUGAGCUACACCUCCAAUGGAUACCCGGCCGAGUACCAGCAGACCGGUUUCGACGUCUUUUCCGGUCAGGUCCAGGUUGAGGGGACACCAGUCAAAGUUCAGCUUCUGGACACAGCUGGUCAGGAAGAGUUUGAUGAGUUCCGCUCCCUGUCUUACUCCCACAUGGACGUCUUCCUCCUCUGCUUCAGCAUGGUCAACCCCGACUCCUUCCACAACAUCACCAAGAAGUGGGUCCCUGAGAUCCGAGCACACAACCCGAACGCUCCAAUAAUUCUGGUGGGGACGCAGUCAGACCUCUUACUGGACGUCAACGUCCUCAUCAACCUCGACCGCUCCAACGUCAAGCCGGUGCUGAGCUCUCGAGCGCAGAGCAUGGCGGAGAAGAUCCGCGCGACAGACUACAUCGAGUGUUCGUCCCUCACCCAGAAGAACUUGAAGGAGGCGUUUGACGCCGCCAUUUUUGCAGCCAUAAAGAGCAAAGAACGCAAGUGCAAGAAGAGGAGGUCGUCGGACAGGCUGACCAAAGCUUUUUCAAGGAGCAGCUGGAAGAAGUUUUUCUGCUUUGUCUGAGCUCAGACGGUCAACCCUGUGGGUUGUGGACAAACUUUAAUUUAUUUCCAUGUCUACACUUCAUCUCACAUCUCCCACCUGAGGUCAAAUGGCAGUGUGGCCUCCUCUCCUUCAAUGAAAAACAAGGAGGCACUUUAAGCUAAUGUCUUAUGAUGCAUUCGGAGGACCCAUCAGGUUCAGUUGCUGAGCAGAUUCCAUGUAAAUGAUAUGAAUUUGCAUGCUUCUGUCUGCAGCAAAUCCUUUUACAAGGGAGCAACAGGGAGAGCAAACAGGCGUUAGCUGCUUCUCCUUUCAGUUCUCAGCUUCACACGUUUAUUUAUACUCAUCAGGUGCAAGUUCAGGUUUCAGAAGUGGGGGUCACCUUCUCCCUGGAGUUUCAAAACCUCUCCGCUCUUGCUUUCAAUGCAACAUCUCAGUGACAUGUUGAGCGCUCCAUGGAUGCAGGAGUGAUUCAUCAGCACCAUGUUUCCUGCCUGAGAACGAAUGUGUUUGUGGAGGAACUUGUUUAUUAAUCCUCUUGUUUGAGGUGGGAGGUCAUCGGAGAGCAGCAGCCUUUAGCCUUUAACUCAUUGUUUUCAGUGGCUCAUCAAUCUGCCUCUGUGAAAUCAGCACUGCAGGAGUCUGGACUUCCACCAGCCGACUCUCCUCUCCCUUUGUUUCUAUGCUCCAAUACACUCCCACCGACUGCCACCUCUGUAUGAAUGCCAAAAUCACACUUAAAGUAAAGUGUGUUGACACUAAUGCCUUGUGUUACACGUAUGAAUCUGGUCUGAUCUGACCCCAGAUGAACUCUACUUCUUGUGGAAGUUUGUAAUAUUUUCUACUCUGUUUGCUACAAACAGUUUUUUGGAAUAUGGAUUUUAGAUGGAGCUCCACUGAUGUCGUCACUUACCUGAUACUGCAAAUCUUCACUAACCUAUGUGUCUUAUUUACAUGUUGGAGUGAUGCGACGCAAAUAAAU